UUAAGCUCAGAUACGGAUCAAACAAAUAUCUUUUGAGAUAAUUUAGAAGUAAAAAAAAAGAGUCGGAAAUGGCGGAUCAACAAGGAGGAGCAGUCGUCGGGGGAAUUCGCGAUGUUGAUGCAAAUGCUAACGAUCUUCAAGUCGAGAGUCUCGCUCGUUUCGCUGUCGAUGAGCACAACAAGAACGAGAACGUGACACUGGAGUACAAGAGGCUCCUUGGUGCAAAAACACAGGUUGUGGCUGGAACAAUGCACCAUCUCACUGUCGAGGUGGCUGAUGGUGAGACCAAGAAGGUCUACGAGGCCAAGGUUUUGGAGAAAGCCUGGGAGAAUCUCAAGCAGUUGGAGAGUUUCAACCACCUUCACGAUGUUUAAUCUGACACCCGAGCUGUCUGUGAUGCCUUUGCUUUGCUUUCCAGGCUUGAGUGAGGUCCUUGUGUGCUUCUCAAACCACGUGAUAAGAGUUACGGUUUUAACUAAGUUAACUUCUUGAAAUAAGUGAAUGUGAAUCCAGUCUAUGUGUUUGAACUGGUAUUGUAUGUAUCUCUCUUGAUUUUCGUUUGUCUAUUUGCUAUUAGCAAACUCUUACUUAAUAUCUAUCUCCCUUGGUUUUGCAAAACAUCACGAUGGUAAUAAAUCCCAUGAUUAUAGCUA